AUGACUGGAUUAUAUAUUAAAAUUCAAUUGUCACCGCUGCCGAACACCCGACUGGACCAGAGCCAAGAUGCUGCCUCGGUUGCAGUCGGUCAACAGAAUACAGCCGUUUCGGCCGGUAGUAACUUGGGAGAAUUAUCACAGACCGACCUCACUUCUUUGGUAACAGGAUUGGGACCGGAAAAUACCCCUUCUGAUCACAUGCCCGAUACCGAGGACAUCUUUAAGCAAUUAGGCGACAGUAAUUUCGAACUCGAUCAUUUCCUCACUGAACUGAAUGCAAACGAUAUCAAGCAAGAGGAAAACAACAAUGUGCUGAAUACAUCAUCGGUACAUUCGCCGACAAACGAUGGUAGCGCGAACUCCAAUUCACAGCACAAAUCAAAUCUUCUAGAGCGUAGAAAUUCUGCAUUCAAAUUCACGAUAGCUGCCGCGAAUCCUCUCCUCGCUGAGAAAUUGGCUACACCUAGCGGUCAUUCGUCUCAAUUGGCAACUUUCAACGGUCGACCGGAGGUGGCGCCUCUUAUACCAAAAGUCGAGAAAGUUGACAACAGUGAAAUAGGUUACCCUCCCCUGCCAGGAUCUGAUUCGCCGCCACCCUCGAAACACCAUCGGCCUGACAAUACCAGUUCAAGGGCCUUACUGCAUGGAAUUCUCUCCGGGCAACACGCUAACCUACACCACGCCCACGCACUUAUCACCGCUCACAGAACGUCGGCUUAUACGACGACCACAACAGGUUCAUUACCGCCAAGUCCAGCUGAUUCGGGAGUUUCGGACGUGGACAGUUCUUCCAGCGGUCACACGUCAACGGACGAGCUCAAGGCCCGUCUUCAACCCCCAUCGGGUCUUGGACCUCACUCACCUUUAGGCUAUCACCAUAACCAACAGCAAUUCCUUAGUCCUUACCAUUAUCACCAUCCUUCCGGCCAUGGACAUCCACAUCGCGGACACAUUGGUCAUCAACAACCGUACCCACCUAGGCCACAAUUACCGGACAGCUACAGCAGCUACAUCUCAUCCCUUCAACACCACCAAGCUCAACAGAACCAGCACAUGCAAAAUUAUCAUCCCUCAAGUAUGCACUCUCCAUUUACUGCCCCUUCAGCACCUUCGCCGACGCGAGGACAUGCCAUCCCCACGUCGGUAAUCCAAGCGGCCACAUCCAGCAUUAACGAUGAUCUGUCGUAUAUGCUGGAUCUUGGCUUCCCAUCGCGAAAACUAAAGAAAAUGAAAAAACCCAAACCUGGCGAACCUGGAUCAGUAAAGCGUAAAAGUCGCGAGGGUUCGACUACCUACCUGUGGGAAUUCUUGCUCAAGUUGCUUCAGGAUCGUGAAUACUGUCCGAGGUAUAUAAAAUGGACGAACAGGGAGAAAGGAGUGUUCAAAUUAGUCGACUCGAAAGCGGUAUCUCGAUUGUGGGGAUUGCACAAAAAUAAACCUGACAUGAAUUACGAGACAAUGGGAAGAGCUUUACGAUACUAUUAUCAGAGAGGAAUACUCGCAAAAGUUGAUGGCCAACGAUUGGUGUAUCAGUUCGUCGACGUUCCUAAAGACAUUGUCGAGAUCGAUUGCUCUGGGGCGUGAUUAUCCCUAGGGAAAUCCACAAUUUCUAUAGUACAACACAAUCGAUUUUUUUAAACGCUCCGUGGUUGUCCUUUCGAUAAUACAUUUAUGUAAUCGAGACGUAAGUAAUUGAAUUGUCGGAUGUUCAUCUAAACGUUUGUCAAUGGCAGCUUGCUCACAUACUCUCCAACAAAAAUUAAGAAACGAUACAAAAAGACUCUAUGUUGAAUGAAUCUUAAAACAAGUUGCAGCUUGUAUUAAAAAAAAAAGAAAUGACUGAUUUUUAUUAUAAUCUUCACCAAGUUGUCAUUACCCAUGUAAACGAAGCAGAAUGACAUGACAAUAUCGAUACUGUUAUACAUACUCGUUCUUUAGCAUUUAACAAUAUGCAUUUUUAAUACCUUCUCGUCAGGAAAUAGGACAGUAUACGAACUAUUGUUAUUUUUUUCGAUCAAAUGUCCCAAAGUACAAAGUAAAUGCAAAUUAAUCAGGAAUUUCCUCAGGUCUUUUGAUAAAUAAUUGCGCCCAAGUUGUUUACUAACGAUAAGUGCAAAUGUCCGUUCUACUGUCCUUAGUCUUGACCAUUUGACAUUGUCUCGAAGUGAAUAAGAAAGAAUUCUAUUUUGAGAAUAGAGGAGAUUUUCGAAAAGUAUAAUCAAUGUUGUUAAGUACCUACUAGGGUUGUUGUUUUAAGAAAAAAAAUUAAUUACGCAAAUAAUUAUUAAUUAGCAGUAACGAAACAGAAAACAUGAUAAGAUGGAAAAGUGACUUUUCUCACAAUUAUGCAGGUUAACGUGGUUGAUUAAAAAUAUUGAUGUUUGUACUAGCUAGCUAGGUAUAUAUACAUACAUAUAAAUGAUAAGGCGACGGAAAUGUGAUAAGAAUUGUGGUAUUUUGGAAAGUUUUGAAUAUUUUGUAACGUACGUGUUAGAAGGGUUUAAGGUGCUCUAACUGUAGACUGCGAGGUGCCUGGAAGUAGAAAUGACCUCUUUAUACAUAAAUUAUACAUAAAAAAUAAAAAUAUCAUGAACUAGGUAAUAGGUUGAGACUUACAAGCUUUCUAGAAUCGGUGUAUUUUUUUAUAUCCGGACCAUAUAGAUUUUGAAUUUUUGUGCAACAGAAUUGAUCUCAAGAGUCGAAAUAGAAAAUCGAAAGGAACUUGUACAUAAGUAUAUACCCCACUUCUUACGUUCUUGCUCAGAUUAUAAUGAAUCCCAUUCAGGUUAAAGGACCCGGGUCCGGUCGACCACCAUUUAAUUUUUUUUGUAAAUAAACACACCCCUUCCUGUAUAGUAUUUAUUAUUUUUAACAGAAUGUCUAAAUUUUUGUCUUUAUUGACGGAUAAUUUCGAUUGUGUAUUUCUGUGAUUCUACUUUUAAUUUUGUACAAUUUUUAAAUUCACUGUUAGACUUUAGAUGUGCGUAGAUGUGUUUCAUACCCCUGUUGUACCGUACCUAAUGUCAAUUCUUUGUCACCACAAUUCAUCUGCGUAAACUUGGGUGAAUUCACCGUCGAAUGUAAGCCGAAAAAAACAAUUCAAAAAGAUGGAUGUGCACAAAAUUUGACACUCAUUGUCCCAUCUUUUAAAAUAAUAUAUAAUAUUAAUACGUCAUAGUAAUAGUUUUAGCAAUUCACUUACUGAAUUAUUUGAUAAUGGCCACAUUCGUUAUUGAUAUUGUCUGAUUAAGUGUGCGACAAAAAAGCAUGUGAACUGCUUUUCAAAACAUGCGCAUGCGCCAGUCGUUCUAUAGAGGCAAAAGAAUACUUAAAGUGGUAUGUUUGCUCAUGCGUAGUAAAUUUUUUAUGAAUUGCGCAUGCUCAAAAAUGUAAAUAUAAAAUGUAUUCGUUUGCUAACGUAAAGAAUACGUAAUGUUAUAUUAAUGUCCACCAGCACAUCGCUUUGAUCAGAAAAUAUCACUAACAAAUACGACCACUAUUUCUAGAAACUUAUAGGACUAAAAUGGGAACUGAUUUGAAUUUGGUUUCUUAAUUCUAGUGGUUUAAGUAAGUGUAGGCGUUGUCAUUUCGUUUUUAGUCCUUUAAACUGUAAAAAUUACUUCUGAUAUUUUACUUUUUUAAAUUUUUUUAUGAUUAGAAUCCAUCCAUCCAUUUGUUUUUUUCGGUAUAUCUGUAUUGUAGGUAAAAUAGCGUUUUCAAACUAACCCUCAUCGACAAAUUUGUUGAAAUAAGUGUGUAAUUUCUAUGUAAAAUGUGCACAACAAACAAAAUGCAAUGUUAUCGUCCACCACUUGUGAUAUUUGUCAGCAAAUGCAUGAUGUAGGGAAAUCAAAAA